AUGCCAGUCGAAGUAGUAGAAUCGAGUGAAAACGAGAAAAGGGAACCACCGGAGAAAGGGAGAAAUAGAAAGUCGCCAAAAAACAUCACUAAGGGUGACAAGACCAAGAGACGCAUUAAGCGCAAGGAGAGUUAUGCUGUCUAUAUUUACAAAGUGUUGAAGCAAGUCCAUACCGAUACUGGUAUCCCCUCAAAGGCCAUGAACAUCAUGAACAGUUUCGUCAAUGAUAUCUUUGACCGUAUCGCCGCCUCCCGUUUGGCUCACUGCAACAAGCGUUGCACCAUCACCAGUCGGGAAAUUCAAUCUGCCGUCCGUCUAUUAUUGCCCGAAUGCCUAAAGGUUUUCGAAUUUCGAAAAAAUAAAGCGGGUACAGCGUUUAAGGCCUUCAAAAUAACUUUGAACUUUUUCGCCCACAAGAAAUUGGUUUUCGCCUUAAUUUUCAUGGAAAACUUUACAGUGUUGCUUCAAUUGCGCGAAUUUACUAAACUAGAAAAUAGCUUGGAUUUGUAG